UAUAAUAUUAAUGCAAUGUUGGAUGCGUGUGUGUGUGUGUGUGUGUGUGGUUUGUUUGUUUUUAAAGCUCCUCCAACUCCAAUGUUUGAUAAACCUUGGAGGGAGAUCGACUGGGGAAACAAUGAGGCGCUUCUGCAGGAGUUGAUGGACUACGAGCCCCAGAAUGACGAAGUGCAUCACCUUCGGGUGCUGGUGUACGGUCCUGUGGGGGCGGGAAAGUCCAGCCUCAUCAACUCCAUGACCAGUGCUCUGCUGGGGAGGAUGGCCAUCCCCGCUGCUGUCAACAACACUCAGUCAGACGAGGGCAGCUUCACUGUGCAGUACAAAACUCACCGGAUUAGAAAAGGACGAGGAAAGUCAAGAGGAUACUUUCCGUUCGUCUUCAAUGACAUCAUGGGACUGGAGAGUGACAAAAACGUGGGCGUCCGAGCAGAGGACUUAAAACUGGCCAUGAUGGGACACGUGAAGGAGGGAUACAAGUUCAACCCCAUAUGUUCUCUCUCUCCGAGUGAUCAUUACUACAACCCCCACCCCAAACCUGAUGACAAGGUGCACGUCCUGGUCCUGCUGCUCUCAGCCAACUGCCCAGAGACCAACACCUCCGUGAUUCAGAAAAUGAAGGAGGUCCGACAGACGGCCAGAGACUUAGGGAUCCCCCAGAUUGCCAUUGGCACACACAUUGAUGAUGUCUGUGAUCAAAUCGAAAAGGACAUCAAGAAUGUCUACAAGAGCAAGUCUCUAAAGACCAAGAUGGAGAUGUUCAGUAAUGAGGUGGGGAUCCCUCUGAACUGCAUCAUGGCUCUGAAGAACUACAGCCAGGGAGAAAUGAAGAACAACCCGGACAUGGACACGCUCAUCCUCACGGCGCUCAAACACAUAAUGGACUUUGGAGACGACUUCAUCGAAGAAAUGUCAGAAACGGCAAAUGGGGUUUAAGUGUUUUUAGUUACGUUUGGAAUCGAAUAUUAUACUAUGUAAAGUUUGUGAUUGUGUUUUGAUUGAUUCAUGCAUCCGUAAGUAAUCCAGUAUUGUCCUUAUGAUAUUUUACUCCCUUAAUCCACUUGUAUUACACGUGUAUGCUUACCUCCUGUCUGUGCACGCUGCCCUGUACUGUACCUGAGAUUAUGAAACGUAUUCACUUUGGGCUGUACAUUUGUGGUCAUGUGGCUAUUUUAAAACAACAAACCUGUGACUGAGUUUGAUUCAAAUUAUGAAGUGGGACUAAACAUUAAAUGCACUUACUGAUAUUAAA